AACAGGACAAGGAAAAAAUGACAUAGUUUUUGUGAGUUUUGACAUUACUAUAAAAGGGAAUUCUUCACUUCUUCAAAUAAUUAUGAUUCACAGGUGAAAUUUUACUUCAAAUAAGCAAUUAAGUGAUGCAGAGUGACGAAUAUACAAUGCUGUUAUCCUAUUCAACUGGUACAAGCAUUCAAUUAUAACAAAAAGUGCUAAAACCAUGGAGGAUUACAAGUUCCUAUUCAAAGUCGUUCUGGUUGGAAAUGCUGGAGUGGGGAAAACGUGCCUUGUACGACGUUUCACUCAGGGUAUCUUUCCACCAGGACAAGGCGCCACUAUAGGUGUGGAUUUCAUGAUAAAAACGGUUGAAAUAGACAAUGAAAAAAUUAAGCUGCAAAUCUGGGACACAGCAGGCCAGGAGCGGUUCCGUUCAAUAACACAGAGCUACUACCGGUCUGCGCAUGCGCUGAUUCUCGUCUACGACAUCAGCUGUCAGCCGACCUUUGACUGCCUGCCUGACUGGUUGCGAGAAAUCGAGGAGUAUGCCAGCCAAAAUGUGCUCAGGAUACUUGUCGGUAACAAAGUGGACCGGGAAGACAGGGAGAUUCCAGCACAUGUGGGAGAGGACUUUGCACAAAGACACAGCAUGUAUUACCUGGAGACUUCUGCCAAGGAAGCUCAUAACGUAGAGAACCUGUUUCUACAAAUCGCUGCCGAACUAAUGGAGAUGCGAUACAAAGAGUUGCCGAGGUACGAACAAGAGCAUGCGCAUUCCAUCAAUGGCCGCACAACAGCUAUUGGAGACUCUUGCUGCAGUCGGCUGUCCUAAUUACUCUGUGGUCAACUCUGUUGUGCCCCACUACAAGGUGUCUCCAAGGAACGCUGCAGUUGACACUCAUCGUUACUCUGUGGUCCACCACAAAGUGUCUCCAAGGAACGCUGCAGUUGACUCUCCUCGUUACUCUGUGGUCAACUGUGGUUCACCACAAAGUGUCUCCAAGGAACGCUGCAGUUGACACUCAUCGUUACUCUGUCGUCCACCACAAAGUGUCUCCAAGGAACGCUGCAGUUGACUCUCCUCGUUACUCUGUGGUCAACUGCGGUCCACCACAAAGUGUCUCCAAGGAACGCUGCAGUUGACUCUCCUUGUUCCUCUGUGGUCAACUGUAUUGCACCACAAAGUGUCUCCAAGGAACGCUGCCGUUGACUCUCCUCGUUACUCUGUGGUCAACACUUUUGUACCUUGUGAUACUCAAGGUCUAUAAAACCAACGUUUCUAUAGACCUUGGUGAUACUGGGAUCACAUAUUUUGGAGACGGUCUUUAUAGUUGAAAAACUAUGUAAUUUUAAACGUGAAUUGACUUGAAUUUUUGUGCAAUACGUUGAUUAGUGUGGACUGGAGCUUACACGAAUUUCGCUGAACUUACACGAGUUUUAACAGAAUUUACACGAAUUUUAACGCGGUUGUGGCAUGGUGAACGAAUCUUAUAAUAAAUCAUUCUAUUAGGACCGUUUACAUUACAACAAUCCCCAGCAACUUGUUGCAUUACUCAUCAAGAGUAUUGUAACUUGCUGCAAUAGAAAUUUGUUGUAAUGUAAAAUAGGUCUGGUUUUUACAAGUUACAUUAUUCAAGCUUUUUGGGCUUUAUUUUUGUAAAGCUGUUCUAAGUUU